AUGAACUCUCGGGCGAUCUACGCUGUCAUCGCCAUCCUCGCGAUCGUAAUCUCAACCGCACAGGCAAGCGUCGGCGACUUCGGAGGUUCGCUCGACUUCGUGCGAACCGGAUCUUCUUCUCUCUUCUCCGGAUGCAAAGGGUCCAUCGCUGAGUGUAUCGCUGAGGAAGAGGAGAUGGAGUUAGAUACCGAGAUCAGCAGGCGCAUGUUAGCGCAGAAGAAGUACGUUAGCUACGGUGCGAUGAGGAAGAACAGUGUGCCUUGCUCGCGACGUGGAGCUUCCUACUACAACUGCCAGCGUGGCGCUCAGGCGAAUCCUUACCGCCGUGGAUGCAGCACCAUCACAAGGUGCAGGCGUUGAAUUUGGAAAGUGAUUCAAAUUCGUAUUUUGCCUUUUUGUGUUUCUAUUUAUUUGUUCUUUUAAUUUAUUUUCCGGGAUAUAUAUAUAUAUAAUAUGAGUUUGAUUAUACACAAUGGAAAGAAACUAUAGUCUUUUGUCUUGAAACAAAAUGCUUGUUGUUUGGUUGUUCAUAUAAAUAAAUCAAAUUUGCAUA